UGUGUCCGUGUGUGCGUGCGAGCUGCACCUGUUGCUUUUGAAACAUCGUCGUCGUCGUUGCGAAAAUCGUCGCGCCAAAUGUGUGUCAGUGUGUGCGCGUAAGUGUGCUACACAGAGAGUGCGAUACCGAAAAAAUAAAUAACUGAGGCUGCCGAUGGUACCGUAGGCGAGAUUCGUCGUAGCUACAUUUUAACGUCGUCAUCGUCGUCGUCGACGCCGCCGGGGGAGCGUAUCGCCGGCUCAGCGGAGCGUAGAAAAUUCGACAGAUCGACCAUGUUCUGCGAGGCAGCGAGCUUCUGCAAAAGCUCUCGAAGGACCGUCUUCGUCGUAGUCGCCAGCUCCUGCGAGUAUCAUUGUCAUUAGAAGCCCGUUGAACAAAAACCCUCACCGAAGAAUCCGCUCCGAGCAGCAGCAUGACGUCGAACGAUAGCCAGGACUACGGCGCGUACAGCUACAACGACACGAGCGGCGGCCCAGGCGGCUACCUCUACAACGGCAGCAGCGCCAUCGACUGCGACGCCCACAUGCCGAUCAUCACCACCCUCCAUCAGAUCCUCUACUCGAUCAUCUGCAUCGUCGGUCUGCUGGGCAACAGCCUCGUCAUCUACGUGGUGCUGCGCUUCUCCAAGAUGCAGACCGUCACCAAUACCUACAUCGUCAAUCUCGCGAUCGCGGACGAGUGCUUCCUGAUCGGCAUCCCUUUUCUCGUGGCGACGAUGAGCCUCAACAUCUGGCCCUUCGGCAAGAUCAUGUGCAAGGCCUACAUGACGACGACGAGCGUCAAUCAGUUCACCUCGAGCAUCUUCCUGUUCAUCAUGAGCGCCGAUCGCUACAUCGCCGUCUGCCAUCCGAUCUCGUCGCCCAAGCUGCGCACGCCCUUCAUCUCCAAGAUGGUCUCGCUCACCGCCUGGAUCACCAGCGUCGUGUUCAUGGUGCCGGUCUUCCUCUACGCCAACACGAUGGAGUCGUUGAGCGGCGACAUCAUCACCUGCAACAUCUUCUGGCCCAACGACCACGGCAGCCAGACGACCUUCACCCUCUACAGCUUCGUGCUCGGCUUCGCCAUACCGCUCACGCUCAUCUUCAUCUUCUACUUCCUGGUGAUCAGGAAGCUCAAGACCGUCGGCCCCAAGAACAAGUCCAAGGAGAAGAAGCGCUCGCAUCGCAAGGUGACGCGCCUCGUGCUCACCGUCAUCACCGUCUACGUGAUCUGCUGGGCGCCCUACUGGUUCACCCAGAUGGCCCUCAUCUACACGGAGCCCAACCAGUGCCAGUCGCGCAUCACCAUCACGAUCUUCCUGCUGGCGGGCUUCCUCAGCUACUCCAACAGCGCCAUGAACCCGAUCCUCUACGCCUUUCUCAGCGACAACUUCAAGAAGAGCUUCCUCAAGGCGUGCACCUGCGCCGCCGGCCAGGACGUCAACGCCACCCUCCACAACGAGAACAGCGUGUUCCCUCACCGACGCAAGCUGGGCGGCGGCGGCGUCGGUGGUGGUUUCGGUGGUGGAGGCGCUGGAGGCGCCAACCUCGAUAUUCGUCAUCAGGCCAACAAGCUCACCAUCUCCACGGCCAACUCGAAGAACGACGACGACGAGGCCGAGAACGAGCGGGGACUGCUCAUCAGCAAGACGUCCACCACCACCGUGACGAUGACGUCGCGCUCCAACGUCACGGCCUCGAGCGUCGACUCCAAGGAGUCGCCCGACAAUACCCAGCUCAGGGAGAAGGCGACGCAGGGCGCCAAGAACAACGGCGCCCAGGCCACCUUGCUGACUCAGGUCUAACGCGUUACUCUUACUUGUGCGUUAAUUCGACGUUUUGAUUCGACCAAGUUUCGAGGCGUUUCAAUGAUCUAAUGUACAUAUUACAUCGGUCGCAUAUGCAUACCAUAUAAGUGAGCGAACAGUGCGUGGGUGUGAUAAUUACCUUGUAUACUAUACCUUCGAGACUAUACAAUUUUGUAAUGGAUAUAAAAUAUAAGUAAGAAAUCGAGCAACUGGUUUGCGUGUGAAAAUGAAAUGUGUUUAUCAAGAGUGGUUUGAUGCUAUUGUUUUCCCUUAUCUCUCGAUGAAAACUGCUUGAAACUUCUAAAAUAAUUUAAAGAUUUUUUUUUUUUAAUCGUAAAAUGGUUGAUUUACAUAAUGCAUAAUUUGAAAAAUUGAUGUAGCUUUCGCCCCCAGCCGAAUUUUAACUUGAUAUAACAUUUCGGAUUAAAAUAUUCCAUUUUAUCGAGUGUACGAUAAUACGACGAUGAGACGAUGCACGACGAAGAAAAUUUUCUCGGAUAUUGCAGGUUACUUUGUACGAGAAGCGUACACAUAAUAAAAAUUGAUACAAUAUUUAUUCGAGUUACUACGGUUACUUUUUUAUAUUGAAACAUUUUAAUUACGAAGCGAAAACAUUGACUGUUGUUCAAUUGUAAAUAUAAAUAUAGAUAUUAUAAUUAAAAGCGUUCUAAUGAUCUAAAAAGCGAUUAUUAACGUUAUACUAUAUUUUGUAUAAAAUUGUGUCCGUCUUUGAAACAAAAAAGAUGCGAGUGGAAUUUUAUUGUGUGAAAUUAUAUUAUAAAAUCCUGGCGAGAAUUUCAGAAAAAAUUUCGAGAGUAAGUAAUGUGAAAGUUAUAUCCCAAAGAGAGCUUUAAAACAAUUUUUUGUAAAAUAUAAAAGAUAAAUAAAAAUCUAACGUUGUUCACGAUAAUUAUAAAUUUUUAAUAAACAGUUGAGUUGAGAUUGUGCCACUCUAAGUACUACGUUUAAACUAAAAAAAAUUACAAGUAAGGGUAUGAACAGACGGGACGAUUAAAAUAAAGUAUUUUGUGUAUCAUAAUAUUACAUGUAUCAUAAUAGAAUUAAAAAAAAAAAAAACUCAUAUAGUCCGAAUGUAAGUAAAUAAAAAAUGAGCCGUGUUUCAUAAAUAAAUUUCUUGCUGUUGAAUAUGUAACAUCCCGAAUAAAACCAACUAACGACCCAUAUACGUUCGACUACAUGCUAUGGACAUAGAUAUAAAUAUGUAACACACUUUUGUACAAAGGAAAUGGUUUAAAUUUAUAA